ACUCCGCUUCCCGCACCGUUGGGCUACUUUGGGGGCUACAGUUAUCCGAUGGACUUCGGGCGACAAACGCGCUUCCAUUUCCCGAUAAACCCGAGUGACGGGCGCGGGGGCGCGCGAGGAGGAGGAGGACAAUGGAAGGCUCUCGGUGGUUAACGGCUGCUCCGCGUGAGAGCGCUCGCGCCAACCCGCCCUUCGCGUGACGUGGAGUCUGUAGGCCUGAGCAAAGCCUCAAGGCGAUCAAGUAGAAGAGAGCUAAAGAUACGGUUCACAUCAGUUAGACUUUACUUUUAUUCAACUAAACAAGGUAAUUUGGUCACAUCACCUUAUUAACUCUUACUAAGGAUCUUAAUUAACCACUUUAGCUGAGAGAUUUUCUAAGGUUUAGAACCUUAUCUUCAACUGCAGAGAUGAGAAUAGAUUAACUACUAUAAUUUGAGUUGUCAGACGAGGGGGAAUUGUUUCUGGAGUCUUUGCUGAAAAAAAGAAAGUGAGAAGAAAAGUGAAUGCAACCCAUCUUUCAGGCCUGGCCAUUUUAAAUUUUGGCAGGGCUGGCCAUUUUAAAUUUAAGGAUUGCUGGAGCAGUGAAAAACUUCUACUAGAAGAUUGAUCAGUACCUAACCUGCAGUUUGUUUUAAUGGACUGGGUGGGACAGGAGUGGCACCGCAGUUCUAUCAAGGUUUGCGUAGCUUUAGCCUAACUGUUGCUGGGAAUAUACUUUUUACUGAGUGAAGAAAUGGGCAUGCUGGUCACAAAGAUUUUUGGAAACAAAGAAAUGCGGAUCCUGAUGCUUGGCCUGGAUGCAGCUGGGAAGACCACAGUACUUUAUAAGAUCAAACUGGGACUGCCAGUCACCACAAUCCCAACUGUUGGGUUUAAUGUGGAGACAAUGACAUACAGGAACAUGCGUUUUAAUAUUUGGGAUGUAGGAGGUCAAGACAAGAUUCGACCCCUUUGGAGGAACUAUUACACAGGGACACAGGGACUGAUCUUUGUCGUGGACAGCACCGACAGGGAUCGCAUUGAUGAAGCCAGGAAAGAGCUUUACCGUGUUAUCAAUGACAGGGAAAUGCGGAACGCCAUCAUCCUGGUCUUUGCAAACAAGCAGGAUAUGCCCCAUGCAAUGAAACCUCACGAGAUCCAGGAGAAGCUGGGAUUGACUAGGAUACAAGAUCGCAGCUGGUACGUGCAGCCAUCCUCUGCAACUACUGGAGAUGGGCUCUAUGAAGGAUUGACCUGGCUACGUUCUAACUACAAGUCACUUUGAAGACAGAGUUCAGCUUCUUCAAACACAGAAUCCAUACUGAAUGCAUUCCAGAUCAUCCCCUUGUAUUAUUGUAAUUUAAGUCUAAACCAUCUUGCAAGGUGGACGUGAAAAGUCUUCGCCCUCCCCGCUGCUAUUUCAAAGAAAAUCUGAGUAUUUCUCCUAGUUAUCUGGGGCUAUACAAAACUAAAACCAAAUAAAUUGGCUGUUAUUAUUUAUUAUUAUUCAUUAUUGCUUUUAGGAUGCAGGAGGAGAAAAUUAGCUGCUGUGUUUGCCUCAAUAACAUUAACUUCUAUUUUAUCUCAUUUUGUAAUGCACUUCGCAAUGCUUGCUUUGCAAUAUACUGUAUAUACAGUAUGUUUUUAAACGACAAGUGUUUCUGAACUGUUAACCUUUGGGUUGCAACAGUAGAAUUGUGACAGUGUUAAAAAGAGGCUUAUAACAAUGUAACAGAAAUUGAUAUUCCUAUGCC